AUGGCCGAAAAUGCCCUGAAGUAUUUAGUGAGUAGAAUUAACAAAGACAACGGAUGCCUACGCGGUAUAAAACUCCGACUGGAUGUCCAGCGUCUCAAACCUCACAAUAGCUUUGAUGCAUCCAAAAAAGCAUGUUACCAGAUCGGCCGUGGCGUGGCAAGUGUCAUGGGACCCGACGACCCCUACCUCUCCUCUCACGUCAGCUCCAUCUGCAACGCCUUAGACAUCCCGCACUUCGAGAUCGGACCCAAUGUAUUUCAGCAAAACCGUGUCCCAUCUUCGAUAAAUAUCCACCCUGACCUCUCUGUACUGAACAGUUUGUACCAUGAUAUCCUUGAGUACUAUCAGUGGAAAGAUUUUGUUAUACUUUACGGUGAUCACGAAAGGUUAUUAUUACUACAAUCAAUUUAUGGAACUAAUUUACUGCGAAGACCAAGUAUCAUCUUACGCCACGCAACAAGGUCCAAUAUGAGAGAAAUUGUGAAGUCACUGAAAAACCCAGACAGAAAAGAGCACAAGCAUGUGUUUGUUGAUCUAGAUGUUGAAACCACGCAAAUGAUGCUUAGAUACGCAUUACAAGAAGGUAUAAUAGACGGACUGCAUCAUUUUAUCCUUGCAAACCCGGACACAGAAGCAAUUCCAAUGGACGAUUACAAGCACAAUCAUCUUAAUUUGACCGUAAUAAGACUGGUGAAGAAGGGGAACGCGUCAGUACAGGAAGUAUUGAAGGAUAUGCGAAGUUGGGAGAGGAAAACUAAUAAAACCGUGUUAAAUGGGAGCAAUUUUAUAAAGACUAGAGUUGCAUUGACGUACGAUGCCGGAUUGCUGUUUGCGAAUGCACUGGAAGCUUUAAACAAAAGUGCCUCGAUUUACAUGGGAAACCUUUCUUGCAGUGACACGAAAACGUGGGCACUGGGGAGCAGUCUGUAUAACUAUAUUAAUAGGGUUCAAGGGGUUGAAGGAUUGACAGGCUCUAUCCGCAUAGACAAUGGUUUACGUGUAUCCAAUGUGGAGUUUGACAUAUUGAAACUGACGGAUACAGAUGAAGCGCUCCAGAAGGUCGGUACAUGGUCGACAGAGAAAGGACUGAAUAUCACGGAGCCACCGACAUUAAAAGUCCGCCAUUUUGCCAACCAAACGCUUUUGAUAACAUCGAGAUUGGAGAAGCCGUACGUUCAGCUGAAAAAGCAAGAUUCCACGAAACCAGCCCUGGAGGGAAAUGACCGUUACGAAGGUUUCUGUAUCGACUUGCUCUCCGAAAUCUCCAAGAUCGUCGGGUUCGAGUACGAGAUUGAGCUUGUUCCGGAUGGGCAGUAUGGGAUUGUGAAUGAUAAGGGAGAGUGGACCGGAAUGGUCAGAGAGUUGAUAGAUGGCAGGGCCGACCUGGCAGUAGCAGCCCUUACUAUAAGCUAUCUACGAGAACGUUCCAUUGACUUCACUAAACCUUUCCUUAACUUGGGAAUUAGCAUCCUGUUCAAAGUUCCGAAAGGAGAAACGCCGGGGAUCUUCUCCUUCCUUAAUCCCCUGGCCGUGGAAAUUUGGAUCUAUAUAGUGCUGGCCUAUCUGGCAGUGAGCUUCACUAUGUUCAUUUUGGCACGGUUCAGCCCGUAUGAAUGGUACAAUCCCCACCCCUGCAACCCCCAGACCGAUGAGGUGAGGAAUGUCUUCAACCUUUCCAACAGUUGCUGGUUUACUGUUGGGACUCUUAUGCAACAAGGGUCGGACAUCAACCCCCGUGCGGUGUCCACGCGGAUCGUCGGUGGGAUUUGGUGGUUUUUCACGCUCAUAAUCAUUUCUUCCUAUACUGCUAAUUUGGCUGCCUUUUUAACUGUUGAAAGGAUGGUGUCGCCUAUUGAAAGUGCCGAGGACCUCUCGAAACAGACAGACAUCGAGUAUGGGACUCUAGAAGGGGGCUCAACGAUGACAUUUUUCAGGGAAUCUAAAAUCCCCACGUAUCAGAGAAUGUGGGCCUUUAUGGAAAGCCGCACCCCCAAUGUAUUCACCCGCACCACGGAGGACGGGAUAGAGAGAGUGAAGCACUCGAAUUAUGCAUACCUCAUGGAGUCCACCAUGUUAGAAUAUGCCAUCCACAGGGAUUGUGAACUAAUGCAAGUCGGGGGACUGCUGGACAGUAAAGGAUAUGGGAUAGGGACCCCCAUGGGCUCCCCUUACAGAGAUCAAAUUUCGAUGGCUAUUCUGGAGUUACAAGAAGGUGGAAGGAUACAAAUCCUAUAUAAUAAAUGGUGGAAAAACACUGGGACGUGCAAUCGAGAAAAUGCCAAAAAGCAAGAUUCCAAGGCUAGUGCACUUGGUUUACAGAACAUUGGAGGGGUAUUUGUUGUCCUGCUUGCUGGGCUAGCACUCUCCGUGGUCAUCGCCAUAUUAGAGUUUACAUGGAAUUCAAAGAAGAACGCACGUACAGAUAAGCAAUCAUUAUGUUCGGAAAUGGGCGAAGAACUGAGGUUUGCAGUGAACUGUUACGGAUCUAACAAGAGGCCGGCCCUGAGAAGGACAUGUUCUGUCUGCAAACUUGGCCACCCUACUGUUGCGCAUACCCACUCGCCCAACGGCAACCAUCGCGACCAUCGAGAUCACCGAGAUCACAGGCGUAACUCGCAUUUAAGUAUAAGCUACACGGACGCGGACGCCAAUGGUCACUUGCAAAUGCGGGAAAUUCGAGAUGGGUAUUUAGCGGUUCCGGACAGGGAAGGGUAUUCUAGCGACACGAACCAUGAUUGUAGACGGCACGAGUUGACGUAGCUUUAACUUGAGAUGCAUUUGGUGUAGUCCUCUUCAGGAUGGGUUGGUUGAACCACUUGGGUUACCAUGUUACCAUGCGUGGAUGUGGUUGAGAGCACGUGGUUGCGGUUACUUACAUGUACCUCUUCCAGUUACUACUUUUGAAAAUUCCUCGACCCGCUGGGGCGUGGGAUAUGGAUGGUUUCAAUAUGCCAGUAGUGUAUCAAAUAAAAUCAAUGGAGAUACGUUUUGUUUAGCCAUUGAAGGGUUACAAAGGCUGCUGAAAAUCUGAGUUUUGAAAAAUAAUUCGAUCGUGAUUGCAGGGGGCAAGUCAGUCCGUUUUUAUCUUUUUUUUUUAAUUUGACUUGACAAUAGUGUUAAUUGAACACAGAGUCAGAAGUUGAAAUGUUAACGUUAAAUCAGUAAUAAUUUCCUUGCUUAGGACCGUUCAUUUUUCAGUGUGUAUUAAAUGCUGAUGUUUUUGUUUAUUUCGUGUGAUACAAAUGUAUAACAAGUGUUGUACAAAGACACAUUAUCUGUGUUUGAAAAGUUCGUUGAACAGAUAAAAAAGAUAUGUAACAAAUACUAGACAAGAUUAAGAAGCAUAUCGUUUGUAUGAAUCUCAUAAAAACACCCUGAUUUUCUGAGGACAAGGCGCCUCUCUUCAUGUACUAUCAGCAUGCCUCUGUGGGUCCCAGGAUUUCUAAAAUUCAGGGUGAUAAAAAAGAAACAGAAGCUAGAUUUCCGAGGAAGUUGCUUUCAAUGAUAAAAAGGGCUACGACAUUUAUUGUGCAUGCUCUUGUUUUAAAUGUAGAUUUAGCGUCCAAAACUCAAAAUCCCCUCUUGUUGGUUUUAAAGUGAAAAUGUGUUAAGUCCUGAGUAACUCAUUCCGGAAGUGGAAGAAUGCAGUUAUGGGCAACUGUAACUAUAGUUACCAAUCUACGAGAGCCCUUUAUAUAUCUUAACCUGAUUGUGCAGAUUUUCCCUGAUACAAUUAUGAAAAUUUCUACAUUUGGUGCAGAAAGUUUCUGGAGAUUUAAAUUAUAAUUUACCUGGAGAUGAAUAAAAAGAAAACCAAAAUAAAAAAAAAGAAAAACUGUUUUUAAAAUGUAAUCAACGUUACUCUGUAUGUUAAGCAAUUUCAGU